CUGUUGGCACACGUACCACUGGAGAGAAAGCACCUUGGAACUGGGAAUACUCAAGUUCCACCUCUGUCUCAGACUAGAGUCAUUUACCUUGGAGAAGUAAAAGUAAGAGUUUUCUUCCAACUAACGGGUGUUAAAGUGCUAUAUGUUCGGAAUAAUGUGACGAUCUUAUUCGGAAAUUCCAUCAAAUCCAAUAAGUGUUGUGCAUUUUGAAGCGCUGAGAAUCCUCGUUUUGUGAUAAUCAAAAAUGUAAACCACACUGAGUGACUUAGAAGUGAACAAACGGAAGGGAAUUGAAUAUAACUAUAUUUACAGAAUCAUGAGGACCACAUUGUAUGCAGUUGCCAUCUUUUUCCUCCUCCAAGUCUACGGAGGCUAUAUUCCGCCAGGACCAAAGUACAGAUGCCCCAAAGAAGGACUUCUGCUGCACCCUUGCUGGUGCACAAAAGAAUCGGAUGAUGGACUGGAGGUUGCUUGUAAUAAUACGAAUCUGGCCAGCAUGAGUGUGGCGUUGAACAACUUGGCUACCUAUGAUAUUCCUAUCGAGAGACUCAGCAUUCACAGAUGCCAUUUCAGGCGCCUAUUCGGUAGUCUGCUGUACAAACUGCAAUUACGAGUGCUGGAGAUUAAGGAUACCCCGAUAGAGACGAUAGAAGAGCACACUUUCCUGGGAGUUAAUGGCUCCUUGAAGGAGCUGCAUCUGAUCAACACGAGCCUGGUCGAGUUUCCCAAAUUGGCAUUCAAAAUCUUGGGUCAGUUGACCCUGCUCAACAUAGACCAGCACAAAAUGACCAACCUGCAGAAGGACGUCUUUUCGGAAAGCUCCAUGACAGGCACCCUCCUGAGGCUGCAUCUGAGCAACGGACUACUGGACACUCCACCACUUGAGUCCUUACAGCCUCUGAGGAAAUUGAAGGUCUUGGAUAUGCACGGAAACAACAUGGUCAACUUCCAGAGGAACCAGUUCAGAGGGCUAAGAGACGUGGAAAGCUUGGAUUUGAGCUUUAACAAGAUAAAGAAGAUCGACGGUUCGCAUAUGGCAGAUUUGACGAAGCUGGGAUGGUUGAAUAUUUCUCAUAAUGAUCUGAAAGAAAUCACAAGGGGUGCUUUCGCUAGAAAUACAGUCCUGAAGGUGCUGAAUAUGUCUCACAAUGGCAUAAGAAGGUUGGACUCUAACACUUUCAAAGGGAUGAGAUUCCUGCGUAGAAUUUACCUCUCAGACAAUAAGAUCGCUGAUGUUGGCAGGGGAACUUUUGGAUCUUUAACCAGAAUUGGAACAAUUGAUUUGGCCAGGAAUUUGCUGACUAAGGUGGAUUACCAGAUGUUUUAUCAACUGAAUUAUUUGGAGAUCAUCGAUCUCUCCCAGAAUAACAUUACCGAGGUCCAGAAACUGGCGUUCAAGGAUGUUUAUUUUGCUAAAAUCGAUCUCUCCAGGAAUAAUAUCAGUACGAUCGAGAAUGGGGCCUUCGAGAACUGUGCAAAUAUAUCUGUUCUGGACUUCUCGCAUAAUUCCAUCAGCACUUUCGCGAGGAAAGUCUUCGACGAGACCACUUACGCGUCGGAGCUGAGGUUGUCCUACAACAAACUGACUACGCUGAACGAGAUCCCCCUUGCCAACAUGACGGGACUGAAGAUACUCAACGUGUCGCACAACGAACUCAUAAAAAUUCCCAAAGCCACUUUCCCAAAGUUGUACGAACUUCACACUAUCGAUCUAUCCCAUAACAACCUGACGGAAAUAUUCAACGCCGUGUUCCAGACUCUCUUCUCCCUGAGGCAUCUGAACCUGAGCCACAAUCGCAUGAUAAUCAUCAAGCCCAGUACUUUUGGACCGAUUCCCACCUUGUUGGAGCUAGACCUGAGUUAUAAUCUUUUGUCGAAAAUAGCUAGGGGUGCGUUCACGCGCUUGGAUGGUAUGAGGAGACUCCUGAUGAAGGGUAAUCAACUAGAGGAGAUAUUCACCCUUCCCCAGUCGGUAUCCUACCUGGACCUCUCACACAAUCAGCUUUCGGCUUUGCCAGAGAAACUAUGGCCAUCUAUGAAUUCCUUGCUGGAACUUGAUUUGAGCUACAAUAAUUUGACGGAUAAUUUGAGCGGUGACAGUUUCAGCAGUCUUCUGACAGUACAGAGGCUCCAUUUGAAUCAUAAUGGGAUCCAGACGCCACCAUACGAUGCUCUGAGAACUUUAAGUUCUUUGCAAUACUUGUAUUUGCAGGACAAUAACAUCACAAAGUUGGGGAAAGCGGCCUUUGGGAACUUACCUGUAGUUUUCGAACUCAAUUUGGCCAACAAUGGUAUUCGAAACGUGAGUGUCAGGGCUUUCGAUGGGCUCCUACAGCUAUUGACCCUUAACCUGACCAACAACAACAUUACGCACAUACCGAACGGAGCCUUUCAUGGUUUGGUUGCGCUGAGGGUUCUCGACCUGUCCCACAACAAGCUGGAAAAACUAGACAACAAAACGAACGGACUCCUAGACGACUGUCUAUCCUUGGAACAGGUGAACCUGAGCCACAACAAAAUAAGUUUUAUAACGAGGAAAACUUUCCCGAGCGAUCCUUAUAUACCGUACAAGCUGAGGGACAUCGACCUGAGCUACAACGCCAUGCCUAUCAUCACAUUCGAUCUGACGGUUGGGACGAAGAGGGUGGAGAAGUUAAAUUUGUCGUACAACGCCAUAUCGGAUGUUAGACGAUGGGUCAUAGGCAACCUGACCAGGUUGAGCGUCUUGGAUCUGUCGAAUAACAAACUAGCGGACCUGACGAGCGACAAGGACUUCUUCAAACUUCCGUCGAACAUUAGCGAGAUCUACUUAUCGGAUAAUCGUCUUGGAAACUUGCCCUGGAAGUACCUGACCAACUUGACGAACCUCCAAGUCUUAGAUCUGAGGAGGAAUAACUUCAACACGAUCAACAGGGAUUUAACACAUAUGAUAACCAGGGACGUUAGUGUUUUCUUCGAAGGCAAUCCCCUACACUGCGACUGUUUCCUGAGGCCUCUGAAACGCUACUUCAACGACCGACUGACCCUGCCUCCCCAAUAUAAGGAAUUGAGAUGCACGCACCCGCCCUUCCUGGCCGAGAAAUAUUUCAACGAAGUGUUCGACACCCUUUUGAACUGCCCCUUUAACCUCAACAACUCCAGGGUCCUAGAGGAGAUGCAGGAGGAUUACGAUAUCACCCCCGAUUUCCGAUUCAGAAGGAUAGAAAUUAAGGACAACAAAAUAUCCUUGAGAUGGAGGGUGAUGAAGCGCGAUGCCGACAUAGCGGACACCUACGUGGUCAUCAGAAACCUCAAACACGAUUCCAACAUACCGGAGAAACCGUUCUUCGAGAAGACGUUGGAGUAUUUCAAACGUAGCGUGGACAUCGAAAUAGACGGGGAGCUGAACAAGCAUCUGAACCACUCCUGCAACCUCCAGGUCUGCAUCUUGGGAUCCACCAGUCAACACAUCAUAAGGUCCUUCUACUCCAGUCAGUGCAAGGAUAUGUGCGAUCUGAGUUAUAGGGCUAAUGUGGGUUACAGAUGUGAAAAUGUGAUAUUGUUAACGUAUUUUAUGCCUGUAUUUAUUUCUGCGUAUGGUCUGUUGUAAUAAAGUAUCGUUGGAUGGUA